AUGGAUUACCGACCUGGGUAUGGCACACAGAGACCACUUCCACCCCAGCGUGCGGUGAGCGGCUCCUAUGCCCUCCAGCAAGGCCUCAGGAAGCCGCCUCUGCCCUCACGACUGAACAAUGUGCGAUCAGUCUCACAGCCGAUCAAUGUGGUCGACCUUACCAGCGAUGGGGCCAAAGUUGGCCCCAGAAACACCGCAGCCUUCCUCCACAACAACGCCAGCGUCUACUCCUCUCCGGAUGUCAUUGACGUUGACGAUGUCGACAGUGAGCGACCGGCCAAGCGAGCAAAGAUUGGGAGUGGUCAUGCAGUCGGUACUGGAAAGCGUGCCGUUACCAAUCCCGAUGGUCAAGGUGCUGCGUAUCGCGUAGUUCCUGGCUCCCCUCUACCACAACUCCGCAAGCCGAGUGCGAAUGCAAACAGGAAUAUGCCCCAGAAGAGUCGGCAGACAGUCGUUGAUCGCAUGGCACGGAGAGCGCGGUACACAGAGAGGGUGGACGACAAUGGAGGGAGGCCGCAGUACGCGCUGGAACCUCCUCUGAUCGCGACACGGCAGCCUCAGCUAAAAGAUAAGGAGGGAAAUGUUGUCAAGGAUAAGAAGGGCAAGGACGUGCCGCGGAAAGUGCUCGACUUCUCUCCGUGGCAUGGCCAACAUCCUGAAGACAUCCUGAACGAGAACGUUGUGAAGACUGGGUACUACGACAAGGCGCCAGGCGUCAACUCUACAGAGUCAAACUCUGCGAAACCCAUGAUCUGGCCGAAUCUGAGCCAGAAGAACAACAUGGGACUGCAGACGCUGUCCUAUCUGUUCAGCUCGGUGAUGGAGAAACGACAACAGCAAGGCAAAGUCACGGCAGCCCCCUCCUUUCGGCCUCCUCCUCGCAUCACGGUACCAGAUACUAAGCGCGAGGCAUGGCUGCGAGACUUGGCCAACAACGAAGUUCCUGUACGGAAGCAGAGUCGAGCAAUACCACACGGCAUCAAAGGCAAGGCACUUAUGGAACAGUGUCUGGCCAAAAACGUGCCCAUUCCUCGUGCGAUCUGGCUUGCCAAGUGUGUCGGAGCGAACGAACUACGUCAAUUUAGGCGCAAGGGUGUCAGCGGCACGGCGGCAGCGAGCAAAGAGAGUCAAUGGAUUCGUGAGUGGACUGUGAGCAUCGAGCAGUUUCUCGAGAGUAUCAUAUCUACAUGCGGUCAGCCAGAUUGGCAGUCGAAGAUGGAUUACGCCAUGAAGAUGGCCACGAGCUUCUACGCCGAACGCAUCCUGGAGCGCGACCAUUACUUGGACUGGAUUGUGUCAUCGUUCGCUCAAGCAAAGAUGGAGAGGCUUCCUAUUUGGAUAAUCCUUGUGCAAUUAUAUUGGAAAGACAUCACCACCUUUGGCAGAAGAGGGAGGCAACUCGCAAAAGGAAUCUUGGAAAGACUGCAUCAGAUCACGAUGGAGAACUCACGCUCCAACGACGCACUUCGAGAUCGACUGAAGAGACUUGUCGUCGUCAUGGCAGUCACCAAUAGAGGCUGCUUGAUCUUGCCCAAGACAUGGGCGACUUACAGGUACCUCUUGACACCAAAGACUCUCCACGGACAAAACGCCAACCUCGAUACACCAGCUCAGAACAUCAGCAAGCGGAACAAUAGACUUUUGCUCAGGACACCUCGAAAUACAUAUUGCGCACUCCUCGGCCUAUACGCAAUCUUGGACACCGUAGGCUUUGACGUUGAUGUCGAGAAGCUCACCGCGAUUUGCACAAUGACGAUUCCGAACAUCUACAAGUUGAUACCCGCGCUGAUGAGCUGGGCCGGAACAGCAUAUCGGACUGCAACACAUCGAGUCUAUCUUACUGCAAAGAUCAUCGCUCACCUGAACAAUCAGGGACAUGACACAGAUGGUAUCAUCAUGGACUUUUUGAAGUCAGCCAAGGCAUCUUCUCUGUCUAAAGGAGAUGUGCAUGCGGUGAUCACGGAGCUCGUGCGUACACAUUGCUUCUCCACAGGUCGCUUCCUACAGUGGCUGAUCACCAGUGGCUUACUUUUUGCAGGCACAGAGAUGUCGUUGGCGACAGGACUACUCCCUGCGCUGCCAAUCGAUGCACUGCCGUCACACCUCCUGAACACUCGCCAGAUGCUGAUGAGGCGUCUGGGACAAGCAGUCGACGAGAGCACGACUAUGAACUGGCUGCUCGCUCGUGUUGACCUUUCAACCGGGAUUCUACACUCGCAGCCAGACGACUUCUUUGCUGGACUCGAAGCAUUGAGCGGCUCCUCCAAACUCCAGUUCGCGCAGCUAGUGAUGUCUCGAGCCAACAUUCUAGCCAAAGAGGGCGCACUGAGUGUGCAUUGCUUCUGCACACUGCGGGACAUUCUCCGACGCUGCGGUGAUCUCGUUGCUUUGAGCGAUUUCACACAGGCCGCAUUCAACACGAACGACACAGCACUGCUUGCCACGGUCGCAGAUACUAUCAACAUGCAUGCGAUGACACUCGCGGCUCUCGGUCGUCUUCAACAGGUGCUGGAAGGUCUCGUAGAGCAGUACCGAAACCUGAGAUCUCAGCAGCCGCUCGAUCGGAGCUUCAACCUAGCACUGGUGUCUCUCACCCGUCGAUUUCCCGAGAAGGCGUCGUUCGUCAGGCUGUUGGAAAACGACCUUACUAUCUGCGAUCAACGGAUCUCCUUAGCAGUAUGCUCGCCGGCGUCGGAUAACCUGGUAAGCAUGCAGGCCUCGAACCUCGACUCGGACAGCGACAUUGAUGCCGUCUUCGCGAGCGGCAACACCAUGGACGAGCAGCUCAUGCACCGAGUGUUCACACGAAUUGCCAAAUGUGCCGGUGCGCCAGCUUCAUCGAAUGUUCAAAGUCCCAGCAAAGUUUGCGCUUGGCUGAAUCAAUUGCGAGCGGUCGACAUUGGCAAUUUUGAGAUACUGGCGAGGAACUACAUUCGGGCAUGCCUGAAGAACGCUGGAGACAAUACCGGACCAAUCAGUGUGCUAUGUGCGCUUGUCGCAAGCGGGUGCACCCAGUUGGACACCAUCGCUGACCUCGCCCUCGAAGCCAAGACAUCGUCUGCUGCCUGCAUCGCUACGCGCUUGAUCGUUUCGAAGACCCUCACGAACGAGAAUCUUCACGCAGCAGAACACUACCGGUUCCAGGUCCUGCAGGCACGAUACGUUGCCGAGCGCGCGGACAAGGUAGUUCCGCUGGCUGCCGGUGCCACGGAAGAUCCUAAGUGUCCUGUGGACGAUCCUGGUUUGGUGAACUUGGUACUGGACUAUGCGCUGAGCUGCUACGAUCUUGCCGUGAGCACUUCCAUCAAGGUGCCACUAUCGCCUACCUAUUUGUCGAACUGUGGCAGGAUGACGCAGAACAUCUUCGGCUUGACACAUGCUGUGGGGGAACAGAACGCAAACAUGGCUGCCAAGUCGAUCAUCGCUCUGGCCGAUCCUUUGUCCAUUGUUCAGUGCUCCGCUCUGUUGACAUUCUACGCCAAGGUUGGGACGUUCAAGACCGAAGAAGGCAGUGCUGCACUGCAACAGGCUAUCCUUCAGGCCAUCAAGGAUGGAUGCGAGGUCUGGCCGCAGCUUCUCGAGAGCGCGGGACAAGAGACUAUCAAUGGCAUCUACCAGUGGGCGAAGGAGCAAGUACUGAACAGCGCUCUGCGAUUCGACGAUUCAACAUCAAUGGACUACGACGAGCUACAGAAGAUUCUCCAGAUACUCAAUGUCGCGCAUAAUGCUGCAAAGGACGAAAACAGCGGCUUGAUUAUCUCCGGUAUUGCUGAGAAGCUCAAGAGCCUCGAUGCUGAGCUCUCAGCGCAGGAUGCUAACGCCGCCCACGAUAGCAAGCAGCAUCUGCAGUCUCUGGACAUACUCCUGCACCUGGCAGUACUGUACUCGACGAGCGCGAAUUCGUCCAACGAUUCUCUGCAGCAGAAUCGUUGUAACCUCCUCGCGUCGCUUUGCAGCCUCUUGGUCAACCCACAGCUUCAAAGCCACCAAGACAAGCUCGAGUACAUCCACGACGUAGCCUCCACAAUCGCGGAUAACCUCCCAGAACAAGCCUUGGCAGGACUAGCAAAGAGCGCCACCACCGGCAUCGCACGAGAUGCCCGUCUCGCAUCAAUCCUCGGCGGUACACAGUCUCCCGAUGCUUGGCUAGCGCUGGUCUCGUACCUUCAACCACAGCCGCAGAUCUCACAGCAGCAGCGGGUGCUCAUGAAGCAAGCACAAGUCCACGGACAAUCUGGACGCGUGCCGCAACCGCCUGUCCAGCAGCAACACACGGGUUUAUUGAAGAUGCCGGUAAAAGUGGAAGAUCGACCAACACGAUCGGUCCCCUUCCCACUAAGAAGCUGGGAAAUCAUCCCGGAUGCUGCGGUGUCGAUGGGGGAGAAUGACACGAGUUUGAGUUUGAGUUUGUUUGGGGCGAGGAAGUGUUGA